AUGAUUUUGCUUUAUGUUUAUUUGCUUGCAUUGUCGAUGGUUGGCUAUACAGGAUCGUCGAGUACACAACCCCUCUCUCACAUAGUCACAUUCUCAAGUCUGAACUACUUUAACGAGUUACGCCUUACGCUACAGCGAAUAUUCAUUUUCUCUCUCCUCUCUGUCACAUUCUCCUCUUCUCCUUCCCGCCCCUUUUCUCUCUCUCUUUCUCUUCAAGCGCAAAUGUUGUCGCAAACUCAUCUUCUCUCACAAUCUUCUGCAUUUCCUCCUCUCUCCUCAAAUUCUUCCGCUUUCAUUCCUAAACAUCAUCAUACUCAAUUGCUCUCCUUUUCUUCAAUCUCCUCCUCUCUCUCUUCCUCGCGUCUCUCUCUUUCUUCUCGAAGAAAUCUCACUUCAAUUUCAAUGGCGGCGUCAAAUUCGGACCUCUUGAGCAAUCAAUUUGACCUCCUACAACAAGGCUUCAACAAUGGCGAUAUCGAACGAUUCGCUGAUGUUGCUAAUAAGCUCGCCGAUGCUUCUGGCGAAGUAAUUCGUAGUUUCUUCCGGAAGAAAUUCGAAAUUCUUGAUAAAGAUGAUUUAAGUCCGGUUACUAUUGCUGAUCAAAUGGCAGAGGAAUCUAUGGCUUCCAUCAUUAUGGAAAAUUUUCCAUCUCAUGCAAUUUAUGGAGAAGAAAACGGAUGGAGGUGCAAAGAAAAACAUUCGGAUCACGUAUGGGUUUUAGAUCCCAUUGAUGGCACAAAGAGCUUUAUUACUGGAAAACCGGUGUUUGGCACCCUCAUAGCUCUUCUGUACAAGGGUAAGCCGAUCCUGGGUGUAAUUGAUCAACCUAUUCUGAGAGAAAGAUGGAUUGGUAUAAGCGGGAAGAAAACUACGUUGAAUGGGCAAGAAGUGUCAACACGGAGCUGUACGGGUCUAUCACAAGCCUAUAUGUACACUACAAGUCCCCAUCUAUUUGCCGGAGCUGCUGAAGAUGCAUUUAUUCGCGUGAGAAAUAAAGUUAAAGUGCCACUAUAUGGUUGUGACUGUUAUGCUUAUGCUCUUCUGGCCUCUGGGUUUGUAGAUCUUGUCGUCGAAUCUGGCUUAAAGCCAUACGACUUCCUUGCAUUAGUACCAGUUAUAAAAGGUGCCGGUGGGACCAUAACUGACUGGAAAGGUGGAGAACUUCACUGGGAAGCUUCACCAGAAUCUCAAGCAACAGGCUUUAAUGUGGUAGCAGCUGGAGACGCCAAACUUCACCAAGAUGCUAUUUUAUCCUUGGAGUGGAAGUAAAACUGUUCUUGACCAAAUGACCAACAACAUAGCAAAUAAUGGUGGAUACUUUCUUAAGAGAAAGGCUAGACAAUUACUUGUUAAGAUAUGACAAUUGCGCUUAAAGUAAGACCCGCCAAUUUCUCUAUUUUACAUUUAGAUUCUAGCCUUUCUUAGACAAGUUCAUGAUUAGCUUAUUUCAUUGUUGUAAUUUAUUCAAGAUUCUGACCAGGAGAAAUUGACCAAAUUGAUGCAACUCUACAUUCCCUUGAAAUCAAAUGCCGUUGGUUUGUAGGCUUGUAGC